AUGGAGGUUGAUAGUGAUAACGGACCCCUCAGCCAAUUCGCUGCGGGUGCGACUGUCGAGAAGGGUGUCUGGCCUUCGGUGCGCAGUGACAUAAUUACCAGACUUGACAAGAUCGCACAUAGCGACUUCCCGAUACCCAACCUACCACCGCCGCCUCCAGCGUACCAGCCUGUUUUAGAAUCGCGCAAGUCUCCGCCGCCCUCAUCACCCCAAGCCGAAUCUUCCCAGGAAACGAACAAGGUCGCUUCGACGACCGAGUCGCUUCCUGCCACACAACCUAUCGAGGGUGCAUUACCAAAGCAGUUGGCAGACAUGCUCAUCGACAUUACGAAACACCUCGAGACUUUCGAGACCCAUCCUCCCCACACUAUUCAACGACUCGCCGAACUGAUUCUACGGCCUAAAGCGCAUUAUAAGGCAGUUGCACCUUAUCUACACGCUGUCGACCGUGUUGUGCAAGUGACGUCAAGCACAAGCACAUAUCCUCUACCCCCGCCUAUUCCUGACAUGUCCUCGAUGCAUCUGAAUGGUGAAGAUCCAAAAGACCCUGCAGUAUCAGUCGCAUGGAGCAACCCAACAACGGCAGCGCUGGGCACAGAUGAAGCGCUUGGAGGCGCAUUGUUGACGCCAAUCCCGUGGUUGACGAGACGGAGUCCCGAGAGUUCACAAGACACACCUGGGGCGCAAAUUCACAGCGAGGGAACCGAGACCAUCGAGGGUCCCAACGGCGUAGGUAGCAUCGAGACCGUUUCUGUCAGUGUCAAUGGUAUUCACUCUACAGGGCAUGCGCGAGGAGUUACCCAGGGAGAACUCCUGCGCCAGGAACAACGUGCUGGUGUAGUACCCGUGAGCCAGCUAUCGCGAGCUCAAGAAGUCGCCCACGAAGGGGAGCGCAUGACAAUGGACGAGGAAGACGACGAAGAACCGCAAGAGGAGGAAGAGGAGAUGCCUCAUGCUAGAGGGCCUGAAGAGAUCGGCAUGAGCGACACCGGACCUCAAUCUACGACGACAAGUUUUAUGUCCGAAGGCGGCAUGGGAACGCAAGGAAUCGACGUGGAAGCAGCAGUUGGCAGGAAACACGACGAUGAUGAAGAGGUCAAGGAUGAUGUUGACGCCGAUGGCGAAGCUGCAGGCGAAAGCGAUGCCAAGAGCCCCAGCGCAGAGAGCGUUGGCACGAAACGAGAGGCAGAACAAGAUCUUGAAGCCGACGCCAACAAGAAGGUGAAGGAGGAAAAUGCUGAAGCUGAAGAAAACACCAACGGCGACGCCGUCGAUGUUACGACUGGAGCGAAAAACGAAGAUAACAACGAAGAAACAGCGAAAAACACAAAGAAAGAACACGAUCCUGACAAGAUGGAUACGGAACAGUAG